GACGGUGCCGCCGUCGCCGAUGCUCUCAGCUUGCGAGCGCUACCGGUAGAGCUGGACCUUAGUUUCGAGCACGACGUGAAGAAUGCUGUGAAGGACAGGACGUGGGCUGAAGUCGUGACAGUGCAUCUCAAAGCAAAAGAUCUGUUGGUUCGGGAGGAUCUCAAUGAUGCAUACGAGGGGCAGGUGGCUGUUGUACAGGCAGUUCUGAAGGGAUGCAGCGCAGGUUGGGAACGGUGGAUACUGCCCGUCCUUUACACGGUCUGCAGAGACCUCAGAUGGAUCGCGAUUGAG